AUGGCACACGACGAGACCUCGGGUGCGCGUCAGCCAGGCGUUUCCACGAGCGAGCACAGUCUCACAAGCCGGACAGACGCGCCUGCCUUCCUGUCGGAUGCCAACGCCACGGCCAUCGCCAUCGCCCUCCCCAUCGCGACUCUUUUCGGUCUCGUUCUCACAGCGGGCCUGAUCUGGUUCAUUCUGCGCCGCAGAGCCAGACGCCGGGCUCUGGCGAAAGCAAAGGAGGAGCAGGCCAAGGGCUUUGAGCUGCGGACGUCACGCAGCCUGCUUCUUGCCCUGUUGGUCGCCGUAGCCUCGUCUUCGCCGAGGUCAGAAAACGCAAACAGUCACGCAUCAACACGGCGAGAUCUCACCAGCGACGCCCAGCUCCACACACAGCCGCAUCGAUCAUCACCAGCACCGCCACCGCCGGCUCUCCCCUUGACGCGCCGUCAACAAUCUCCCGGCGCCGCCUGCUCAUCGGAAGGACAGUGGAACUGCCUCACGCGCCAGUGGCAGCGCUGUGCCAGCGGACAGUGGAGCAUCGUCAUGGACCUGGCCGAGGGCACGGCGUGCGCGCCCGCCGGCUUGUCGGACGAGUUCCACGUCGAUCACGAGGGCGGCGGGGGCCGGAGCACCAGCAGCGCGGCGCCGAGCAAGGGAGUGCCGGGGCCGAGCACGGCGGCAGGACGAGGCGUGUCGGUGCUGCACGGGGUCACGGGUGUCUGCGUUGGGUUUGCCGUCUGGGUCGAGGCGAGGGCGUGGAUCUGA